AUAAGACAAUCCUUCACCAGAUUGUUUGAUUUCUUGUUUGUGUUUCGAGAUUCUUUUUACGUAAGAAAUGGGUUAUCAAGGAGGAAACACUGCUACAGGCGUACGCUUUAAGCCUACUCGACAAGAACUUAUUAGCCUUCUUCGUCACAAGGUUUCCGGUAAAGAAGUUUCAAGUGUUACCGAUUCAGUUUUGGAGAAGAGCUUGUACGGUGGCGAGGGUUUCGAGCCUUGGAACGUCUUUUCCGGCAUUGACGACGACAAUUACUGGGGAUUCUACGACGAAUCAGUGACUAAUGACACAAGAAGGGUUAUUUACGUGAUCACCACGCUAUCAAGAAAGAGUGCCAAGAAGAUGUCAAGAACCGCCGGUUGCGGAACUUGGGAGUUGCAAACUAAGCGGGAGACGAUCAAGAACUACAAUGGCGACAAGAUUGAGGGUUCAAUGAGGAUGUUGAAGUAUGUUGUUGAUUAUGAAAGUAGUUCAACCGCCAUUGGCAAGGGUUAUUGGUACAUGCAUGAAUAUAACCUCUCGGAAGAAACUUUGAAAGAAUUAGGGUUUUCAGGUACUACUCAGUACGUGAUUUGCCGUGUGAUAAAGGACCCCGCGGAAGCUUGUGCCGAGAGUUCCCCGAAGACCCGAGUUAGUAAGAAGCGAAAAAUUGAUAAUUACAAUCAAUCUGAAGUGCAAGAAGAUCGAGACCAAGGUACCAAAGUGCUGAAUUACAACCGUGGUACGGUGACAAGUCAAGAGGCUUAUUGCCCGGUUGAUAAAAAUCAGGCAACUCCGGCGAAUAAUCAUCAAGUUAUUACUAGUGAUGAUUGUCACAUGGAAUAUUCUUUAAGCGUGCAACGAAGUGGUGAUAUUGUGAAUCAACCAAGUUCUACUAUUAUGGAUGGUCAAUCUUGUGGUGCAACUGAAUCAAGCUUCUCGCAAAGCUAUGAUGGUUUAGAUAUGUUUUCUAUGCAAGAUCUAUCAACGAAAGAGUGGCCGGAUUUGGGUGAUUUUUUGAUGCAGCUGCCUGAUAAUUUUCUCGAUUUUUCUACGGAGCCACUGGAGGAUUUGCCCGAGUCUUCUACGGACCUGCCGGAAGAUUUGCUGGAAUUCUCUACGCAGCUAAUGGAAGAUGAUGGUGUUGAUGAUACGGAGCCGUGGAAGUCUUUACCAGGAUUAAGCGUUGACCCUUCGCCAGAUGAUAGCUAAACUGGAG